AUGGCGGCCAAUUUCGUCGAGCUGGUGCGGCUGCUCGCCACAUCGGACCCGAACGUGUACAUCUCGUGUUCUUACCCUGAAAAGAUGGGCAACACCGCCGCGAUUGCGUACGGCGGGUGCGUGCAGGCGCUCACGGUGCAGGCGGCAUUCAAGUCGAUCGAAUCGCGCAAGGAGCAGCGCAACUUUGAGAUCUACUCUCUGCUCGGCAACUUUCUCGGGCCCACGCUGUCGGAUCGCAACGUCAAGCUCGUCGUGACGCACGUUCGCGACACACGCAGCUUUGCUACGCGCUUCGUGGUGGCGAGCCAGGUGCAGAACGACGGCAGCGAACGCAGCACGUUUUCGGCGCUCGUCGACUUUGUCGCGCCCAACAAGAUCGACACCUCGCAUGCGGGGGCGCCGUUCGUGGCGUACAGCAAGAAGCCGCGCAUGCAGUAUUCGCCGCCGGAGCAGCUGCCCACGAUGCGCGACAUUGUGCUGCGCAAGGUGCAGGAGCGCAAGGUGAAUCAAAAAGCGGCGGACCACUUCCAGAACGUCGUCUUUGGCCUCAACACCAAGGUGGUGGUGAGCGCAAUUCCUCCGCAGGGACUGCACGCGCACAACGCUAUUGGCCUUGACCCACUCGCCGAAUCCGAGCAGCAUGCGCUGCCGCUCACCGACCGAUUUGCGGUAGACUGGUCGAAAUCCAAGCACGAGCUGGCAUCUCCACCAGCUGCGCCUUCUCGAGCCUCGCUGCCGGCAUGUAGCUACGCGGAGGCUGGGGAGGCGAUGAGCAUGUCGCCCGCCUCGGCGAAUGCGAGUCUGGUGGCGUUUCUGAUGGACGCAGCGCUGUCGUUCAUCCCGCUCACGUUUUCGAAAAAGUCGCUGGCGGAUGCGGCGGUGGCGUCGUCGCUCGAUACCGCCCUGCGCUUCUUCAAGCCAGCCGAUAUGGACGACUUCCACCUGCGCGAGAUGCAGACGCACGCCGGCGGCGACUGCCGCACCUACUCCGAGGCGUGUCUGUGGGAUCGUAGCCACAACCUCGUGGCGUGCAUGACACAGGUGUGUGUGCUCCGCCCGCAUGCGCAGAAGCUGUAG